AUGCGCAUGUCUCCUGAGGAGCUUGAUGAACGCAUUGCCGAAGCGAGAGCGAAGCUUGGUGACAGCACGGUAAUCCUAGGUCAUCACUACCAGCGCGACGAGGUUAUCAAGUACGCCGAUUACAGGGGCGAUUCGUUCAACCUGUCGCAGUACGCAGCAUCUCAGAAAAGCGUCGAGAACAUUAUCUUCUGCGGCGUUCACUUCAUGGCAGAGACCGCGGACAUCCUCAGCGCCCCUUACCAGAGGGUCAUACUGCCCAACUUGACUGCAGGCUGUUCCAUGGCGGACAUGGCGCGCAUAGACGAUGUGCUGGACUGUUGGGACGACUUGCAGGACGAACUGGGCGACGAUGGCGACAUCAUCCCCAUCACGUACAUGAACUCAACCGCCGCCAUCAAAGCGCACUGUGGGCGCAACGGCGGCAUCGUCUGCACUUCGUCCAACGCGCCCGCGACUUUCGAUUGGGCGCUUGAGCGAGGUCGGCGCAUCCUGUUCCUCCCAGACCAGCAUCUCGGCAGGAACACCGGCUUGAAGAUGGGCAUCGGCUUGGACGAAAUGGUCGUCUGGAACCCGUUCAAGCCUCUCGGUGGCAACACCGUCGAGGAGUUGCGAAAUGCCAGGCUAAUCCUCUGGCAAGGGCACUGCUCCGUGCACACCCGCUUCACGGUACAGCAGAUCGAACAGGCAAGAACGGCGCACCCCGAUGUGCAUGUGGUCGUGCAUCCCGAAUGCACAAUGGAAGUUGUGCAGGCGGCAGACUCUAACGGCUCGACCGAGUAUAUUAGGCGUGUGGUCGCGGAUUCCGCUCCCGGCAGCGUCGUUGCCGUUGGAACCGAGAUUAGCAUGGUUAACCGCCUCGCUGCCGAGAAUCCGGACAAGAAGAUAUUCUGCCUGGACUCGGUUGUAUGUCCCUGCUCCACCAUGUAUCGCAUUCACCCUGCCUACAUGAGCUGGGUGCUUGACGGGUUGAACGAGGGCGUAGUCGUGAACCAGAUAACCGUUGACGAAGACACCGCUGAGCAGGCGCGCAUUUCCCUCGAUAGGAUGCUUGCGGUCGUUUAG